AUGUCAUUUUCAGACCUGCGUUUCAUCAUCGCGUCGGACGUCUUGCUGGCGUGUCUCUUCCCUCUCGCUAUCCUUUUUCUGGGGUACAAGCACGUCCCAAGUUUCUCAUUCUCGGAGCUUAAGGAUCUUCUCCUACUCGGACGUAGGAAGACACGCCACUAUGGGCAUUUUUCUUUGGAAAGAGCCCACGAAUCCUACACCCAAUACGUCCGCCUCUCGGAACAAGAGCUGUCGUUAAUGCGCAGGUCCUACUCCACAUUGGGACGCGCCAACAAGAAUAUCGGGUACAAGAUUGGGUAUCCGAGAAAGCUAGACCGGAUGAAGGACGUCACCGACUUAAACGCCACGAUUACAGACGGCGUCGCUGAGCUAGCGAUCGAAGAAUUCCCGUCGCUCAAGACCAAGGAUCCGGUGGCGGCGGGGUCAGCAGACCUAGGACGCGUCCGGGAAUCGCUCAAGCAUUUUGUUCGGGAUUGGAGCGAGGAAGGAGCGGCGGAACGGACGCGUAUAUUCGCUCCCAUUCUUGAUUUACUACGAAGUGUAGAUCCUCAGGAGCGCGGAGGGUUGAAGGUGCUCGUCCCUGGAUGCGGUCUUGGAAGGCUGGCAUGGGAGAUAUCUCAGCUGGGAUACGACACUACAGCAAACGAGCUCUCGUUCUUCAUGACGCUCUCUCUUCGUUUUCUUCUCUCCCCCAAGACAACAACAACUCCCAACGAACAUAUUCUCCGCCCAUAUGCGCAUUGGUUCUCCCAUCAGCGGACAAACGACUCCCUCUUCCGCGGUAUAUCCUUUCCUGACGCCGUACCCCGCCUCAGCCCUACCUUCAGGCUCGUCGAGGAAGAUUUUAUGAAGCUCAAAGCCCCAUCAUCCAACAGAAAUGAUGCAUACAUGGACGGAUACGACUUCAUCGUCACUCUCUUCUUCAUCGACACCUCCCUCGACCUUCUCUCGACCUUGAACCACAUCCACACCCUCCUCCGUCCUGGUGGCGUCUGGAUCAACCUUGGCCCGCUUCUGUGGACAGGCGGAGCACAAGCCAAAGUCGAACUCAGCCUCGAAGAGGUCCUGCAGGCCGCAGAGGAGAUUGGGUUCGUGCUCGACAGGGAUGAAGAAGGUCCAAGCGCGCAGAGGACCAUCGAGUGCGAGUAUACGGGGGAUAGGAACGCGAUGAUGCGUUGGAUUUACAAGGCCGAGUUUUGGGUUGCCAGGAAGUCGAAGUGA